CAGUUGGAGGACGCUAGCUUGGAUAGAAGCUGCGCAACCCAGCUAACAUUGCACAUGUCCGGCGAAGCGUUGGCAUUGGUUCAUGUCGCCUGAGCAGCAAUAAUAGCAACCGUUACUGGUAUUGGAAGCGUGUUUUGUCUUGAAGCCAGAAACAAAGCUAGAAGUAACGGCACUUGCUUUUCUGCCUGCUGUUAAACGGGCUGCAUCAUGUUGCUGCUGUAGCUUCGGGUGACGUCCCCUGUUCUUCCAGCCAGUUCAAUAAAUCAGGAGAACUCUGUUGUGUCGCACGAGUUGCUGAAGUUGGAAUCCCAUUUGGUGUUUCGGGUGUGCUGUUCUCUAUAGUUUUCUGCUUCCCUGGUCCAGGAAAUGAUUGACAUUCCACCUCUUUCGAGUUCCAUUUUGUAAGUCGCUUUGAGUCAUGUUUCAUAGCUGACCUCGACGGCCGUGCACGAGACUGGUGCGGGUCCUGUCUACUGUAUGUUACUUCUGCCAGUGGAGAGGCGGCUGCACUGCUGACAUGUGGGUCUGGGUUAGCAAUGCAGCAUGUUGGUCUCAUGGAGCAAAAGCCCUGGAGGCCACAUCGGAAUGCUGACUGUCAUUUCAUUUCCUCCCCUCCAGCGUUAGUUUGGGUCCCACUCUUCUGCAAUUUAAGGUUUAAAAUGAUCGGUGACUACAGGAGACACUCGCUGCUUUUUGUUUUGAUUUUGAUUUGAGGGCAUGCUUUGAUGUGUCUUCAGUGUUUUAGACUUUUUUUUAUUGUCAUCUUGACUUCACUGAUGAGUCCAUCUAUUGAAUAUCGGUAACUUUAGCAACGAUUUUGACCCACAACUUGAGUCCGUUUUGGUGUGAUGGCAUUCUAGAACUCUUCAUUUUCACACCACCCCCAUGAUUUCCAUUUGUUUCUCCAUCCCCCUACUAUUCUCAACACAAACCCUUUUUUCUCAGUCUUGCCCUGAUUUCAGUUUUUUACUGCUUCCUUCGCCCCAUUAUGCACUUAUUUGGACCUGGUGGCAUCAAGAUGGUGGAGAAGUGAAGAGUCUUGUAAAGUCUGACAGGCAAGAUGACGUGAAGAAGUGGCACUGCAAACUGUGCAAGGCGUCUGACUUUUGCCACAGCACUCUGUGAAUCAUUUGGUCGCCUUCAUGUCGACCGCUGCAUCUCCCUUUCAACUAUGGUAACUCUUAUCACCGAGCAGCUCCGAAAGCAAAGUUUAGAUGAGUCAUGUCAACGGUCCUCGCCCUUCCAUGUGAAUGUGUCAUUCCCUCAAGUGGGGUCCAGUCCAACAGUUUCAUGGAGUCCACGCAAAACAACUGAAGAUGCCAGGUUAUUCUGUAAUCCAUCACCUAAAGCAGAGCCUCCAGAUGCUUCCUGUGGACAUGACUCUCUCUGGACUUCAUACCACGUUGGAGCACCACUCUUGAAACCAGAGGUUUCCAUGACAGAUGAAGCCCUCCAAAGCUCACCGCCACCACCCCCGCCCAAACGCCAAUGCCGGUCAUUGUCCGUUCCCGAGGACCUCUCCCGCUGCCGUUCCGCCUGGCAUCCUAGUGCUUUCAGGAUUUGGACCCCAGUCAGAUCUCGCUGUCAAAGUGGAAGCACUUCUGGUUCCGUUUCGUUUGCUAGCUCUUUCCCACUUUGCAGGCCCAGGUCCUCCUUUAACUCCCAAAACUCGUCGUCCAGCCCUACGUUUUGUAGCCUCGCAUUUUCAACCGACUCUCCGCUUUCAUGGGACAACUGUGACACUCUUAAUCGAGACUGCUCUACAUCUUUUGCCACCCCAUCCACCUGCUCUUCUUCACCAGCUCCUCUGAUUCCUCAGUCAGCACUCCAUCGGCGCUUCUCCCUUUCACCCUUGCACAUGCAGUCAAUGGGAUUUAUGUCCCACCAAAGCCCUCACAAAGUCUUCUCCCCUGAUAUAGAGCAGCUCACUCUUUCACCCUCUCCCAGCUCGGCCUGCAGUACACCAUCUUCUACUCGGCGCGACUUGCACCCUGCACUUCCUCGCUGCCACUCGCAGCCAUGUGACAUGCGCAAACCUCGGUUGAAACGAAGGCGUGACUCUGAAUGUUUUCCUGUGGCAAGGCCGGUCCUUAACUUCAGUAAGAUGAAACAGAUCGGCGCCGGCGAGACCGGAGAGUUUGCCAUGCCAACGUGGCCACGACCGGAGCAGCACUCCCCGUUUUCCCCUGCAGACUUUUUCGGGCGAGCUAGCAUCGGGCCGCUAAGUGAAAGUGAGGAAGACGACUGCGAUGAGGAGAAACGGACUGUUGCAGAUGGAGAAGCCAGAGUUUUUCAGCGAGACUGCUCUGAACUAGACUUGAACUUGAUAGAAGAGAACUAAGGCUGUAAUGCUAAUGAGAAUAUAGCAUUUAUAAUCUGAAGCACAGUGACAGCUCUUCAUUUAUUCUCCUUUUUGGGACCUUGUUUCAUAGUCAUCCAUUGAAUACAGAAUUAAGUGAUCAGUUUCAGUCCUGCAAACAUUGCACCUCUUGAAUGUUAAACAUUUUCUGCACUAUCAUGUUUUCGGGGGGUUUUCCCAUGACCUGAUUGAUCAAAGGAACCCUGUACAUUUACCUGAUAAUCCAAAGAAUUAUGGGGUGCAGAGUUACGGCCACCGUCAAUACGGGUUUACAUCAGCGUGUCAGGUUACUUUACAAAGACAAAAUGUUUUCUUUCAAAUCUUAAUUUUCCGUGACUGUGCGGCACAAUAUUUUUCAAUAUUGUGGAGUGCCUCUGUUUGAGGUGUAAAGAUUGUCUGUGUGAAUCGACGCACAAACAUCCAAAGCUACUGAAUUUGAAUGUAACUCGCUGGUCUUAAGCUCUUUGAAGUAUUUCCAGAGCACAUGUUAUCUGAUCUUUCUGUAAUGUUCUCUUCACUCGAACAAAUGGGUCUUUAAAACUCAAAUAUAGUGGAAGUUAGAAAUUGCCUUAAACCAAACCAUUGUAUUGGUGCUUAGCCAGUGUCAACAGACGUAUUCACAAUUCUAUUUUGCUGUGAUUUACUUCUUUUAAUGAGUGUCACAUGCACCCCGACGCUCAAUUUUUUUUUUUUUCUUCCCCCAAUUGCAGCUUUUGUUCAGAAGGCACAAUGAGGUGGACUGUACAUGUUUUGAGAGAUCGCAUACGUGUAAAACGACGAUGGUGAUGCCGAUCGUUUCAGUGGCCUUCAGCACUGAUGUACAUUGUUUUCAAAUGAAAAUGUACUAUUGCACAACUUAUGUACGAACAAAAUUCAAUAGAGAAUAUU